AUGUAUCACGAUACUUGGAGCCUAAGGGCGCUAUGGAACGUAUAUGCUACAGAUAUAUUCGCAUUGUGGCAUACAUAUCGCAUUCCCAUAAUCUUGUCGACAUUCGCAGUUCUCAUAAUCAUCCGAACGAUCCUACACCUGCGAGUGAACCGAGAGAAAAUCUCAGACACACCUCCUCCGCUGUCUCCGACAUUGCAGGCUGCGAAAGAUAAAGGUGCCGUUGAAUAUCUCGAAAAGAAGACAAAUGGCGAGAAAGUUCCUCGAAGAAUUGUAGGAGGCCUCAAAAAGAGGAAGUCCUCAGAAGAGAAUAUAGUCCCUAGAGAGAAGAAGAUUCAAGUUCUGGUCUUCUUCUCAUCAUUGACAACUACCACCGAGAAGACUGCCAAAGUUUUUACAGAAGGACUGGCGCAAUGCGCGAAAGAUAUUGCAAGCUCGACCUCUACUAUUUUCCUGGAACCCGAAAUCCUGGAUCUUUCCUACAUAGACUAUGAUGAAUAUUUUAUCAAUCCACCAAAAUCCGAUCCAGAAGUCCAAUACUUUUACCUUAUACUCAUACCGACAUAUAAUAUAGAUACGGUGCUCGACAAUUACCUAGAGCAUUUGCAAGAAACGCAUAAUGAUUUCAGGAUAGAUACUGCGCCACUAUCGCCAUUACUUGGAUACUCCGUUUUUGGAUUUGGCGACCGAGAGGGCUGGCCAUCGGAGGAAGAGGGGUUCUGUUCACAAGCUAGAGAUGUUGAUAAGUGGAUGGCCAAGUUGACGGGGAGGAAGAGAGCAUUCCCUCUUGGAAUGGGAGAUCCAAAGACAGAUGCCGUCGAACGACUAAGAGAAUGGAAGGAAGGAGUUGAAGAUACACUGCGUCACAUUGCAGAAACCGGAAGUCUGGGAGAAGGGGUUGCUGGUAGCGGAGAUGCUGUGGAAAGCGAUGUCGAAGAUGUGGACGACGAGGACGACGUUCUAUUCGAAGAGCAAAAACUCGCCAAAAGGAAAAACAAGGAGAAGAAAGGCGAUCUAAACGAUCUUGAAGAUCUUGGUGGCUCAAUACCAAAGGCCGAAGACGAAACCCUGGAGGUAGAUUUCACAACCUACAGCAAAAAGCCCUCCACAACUACGCCCAUCAUCAAAGAAAUGGUCCCUAAAAACUCCCCCACCUACAACUCCCUCACAAAACAAGGCUACACAAUAGUCGGCUCCCACAGCGGCGUCAAAAUCUGUCGCUGGACAAAAUCCGCCCUGCGUGGCCGCGGAUCUUGCUAUAAAUAUUCCUUCUACGGCAUCGCCUCCCACCAAUGCAUGGAGACAACACCAUCUCUCUCCUGCUCCAACAAAUGUGUCUUCUGCUGGCGCCACGGCACAAAUCCAGUGGGCACAACCUGGCGCUGGACCGUCGACCCCCCGGACCUCAUCUUCUCCGGCGUCAAGGCAGGCCACUACCAGAAGAUCAAAAUGCUGCGGGGCGUGCCCGGCGUGCGCGCCGAGCGAUUCGCAGAAGCAAUGCGGAUCAGACAUUGUGCGCUGUCUCUGGUCGGCGAGCCGAUCUUCUACCCGCACAUCAACGAGUUCACCGCCAUGUUGCACGCCGAGCACAUCUCCUCCUUCCUGGUCUGCAACGCGCAGCACCCGGACCAACUAGCCGCCCUGGCCCCCGUAACCCAGCUUUACGUCUCGAUCGACGCCUCGAACCGGGAAUCGCUGCGCAAGAUCGACCGGCCCCUGCACCGGGAUUUCUGGGAGCGCUUCAACCGCUGUCUGGACAUCCUGCGCGCGCGCCGCUUCGAGCAACGCACCGUGUUCCGACUCACGCUCGUCAAGGGCUUCAACAUCGACGACGAGGUCGAGGGCUACGCCAAGCUCGUCGAGCAAGGCCUGCCCUGCUUCGUCGAGAUAAAAGGCGUGACGUACUGCGGGACCUCGUCGUCGGCAGGAGCCGGCCUCACCAUGCAAAACGUGCCUUUCUACAGCGAGAUCCAAGCCUUCGUCGUCGCGCUGAACACGGCGCUAGAGAAGCGCGGACUGGGCUACGGCAUUGCGGCCGAGCAUGCGCAUAGCUGCUGUGUGCUGAUUGCGAGUGAGCGGUUUAGGAACGAGCGGGGCAAGUGGUGUACGCGUAUUGAUUAUGAGGCGUUUUUCAGGUGUUUGGAGAGUGGGAAGCCUUUUAGGCCUGAGGAUUAUAUGGGCGAGGAGACGCCGGAGUGGGCUACGUGGGGACAGGGGGGGUUCGAUCCGAGGGAUGAGAGGGUGUAUAGGAAGGGCAAGAAUAAGGUGCCGCUGAAGGAGGUGGGGGAAAAGGGAGAGGAAGGGAAGUUGGUUGAGAUAUGA